UGAUCAUCGGCUGGUGGAAGCUGGCUCGACGGAGUGCAUUCUUACUGAAUGCUCAUUUGUUUGAAUAUAAUAUUAAUUCUGUCAUGAUUAACGACCAGUAGCGCGCAAUCCUUUCGAACGUCUUUACGCAAUUGCAUCCACCCUCCAAUCCUGUGCCACUCCGCCGGAGAGCCGACUCUGCGCAUUCUCUUCAUCUGUUCAACACGCCGCGAUGGUCGCUGCUCCAUGCUGCUGAUACUAUUUCUGUCAUCAGUAAUUGCGGAAUUGUCAUAAAGCCCCCAGAGUCUCCUACGUCUACAACCAUGCUGUUCUUCGGCGGCGGAGUCCAGAGCCCCCGCCGUCGCAAUAAGGAAAAGGCAAUCUUCGUCACCAUUGUCAUCGUCUACGCUCUAUAUUUUCUGUUCUUUGCGAAAAAUUCCACGGACCGGGAGUCGGCGGCGGCGGUUCAUAAUGCGAUACACGAUGAGGGUGCGAAUCGGGACUCGCGUUCGGGGCAGGCAUCCCCGUCGCACGACAACAAGAGGAUCGAGAAAGAUAUGGUGGUCGCGAGCAUGAAGAGCGAUAAUACCUCAUGGUUGUUCGAGAAUUUCCCAGACUGGCAUAAGAGUGUCUACGUGGUCGACGAUAAGCGCGCGGAGUUGAUCGUGGCGCAGAACAAAGGGCGGGAGUCCAUGGUAUAUUUGACAUACAUUAUUGAUAAUUAUGACCAUCUGCCCGACGUGAUACUUUUUAUCCAUUCGCGGCGCUAUCAGUGGCAUAACGACGAUCCCUACUACGAUGGAGUUCCAAUGCUCCGUCGUUUCCAAGUGCCUUAUCUGCAAAAACAAGGCUAUGUCAAUCUGCGCUGUGCGUGGACUCUCGGAUGUCCGGCGGAGAUCCACCCGCACACAGAUACGCACCGUGACGACGUGCAUGCGGGGGAGUAUUUCAAGAACGGCUUCAUGGAGCUGUUUCCUGGGGUUGACGUACCGGACGAGGUUGGAGUGUCAUGCUGCGCGCAGUUUGGAGUCACAAGCUGGAAGGUCCGCGAACGGCCCAAGAGUGACUAUGUGCGGUUCAGAAAAUGGUUGUCGGAGACGCCCCUCAAGGAUGACCUAAGUGGACGGAUUAUGGAGUACUCGUGGCAUAUGAUCUUUGGCCAGGGACCAGUGCACUGUCCCACGGCAGAAGAAUGCUAUUGCAAGGUGUUCGGUUUAUGCGACUUGACAUGUCCGAAUGAGAGGGAAUGCGCUGGGCGCUAUGUGCUGCCACCCUACUCAACUCUUCCACAGGGUUGGCCGUACAUUGGUUGGAAGGGCCAGCAGCAAGAUCCCAGUACAGGACUUCCGGAGACCUAAGCUUAGAUUUGCUAUUGCUAUCUGAGUUAGCUCCGGACCUGCGUCGAGACCUCUGCUCUUGAGAAGCAGACUUCGCCGUACUGCCAUGACUGGCGGCUAGAGCAACGCUGCACCCGCUGAGAGCUAGAGCCUGCCUUUGGUUCGUUCUGGUUGUACUGGCUCAAAAUGGACGUGCCAGUCUAGGUCAACCAAUGGAACGUCCUCGAGCUUCUAGGGGAACUCGAUUGACAUGGCCCUGUCUCCGGUACAUCAUCUUCAAGGGCUGGAUUUGUCGUCACAGAUACGAUCGAUCUGAGAGAAGUGUGGUGUCACGAUCUCCCCUUCAACACCAUCAAAUGCGGGAACCACAUGGCUGUUCUGUACGAACCUGUGCGGCCUCACGAAUAAGUAUGAUGAUAGCUUUAUAAUAUCCUUCUCGAUGAUACCUAUUUUCUCUUUAUGAUAAGACAUAUACAUAACAAGUCAAAUACCAG